AAAUGUCCACCUCCAUCAUUUUUCACCGCCGCCUCCGGCAGCCAUGUACGGUGGAGCCGGCGACGAUGAGACAAACCCAGGUUUGGUUAAACGAUUUUACUCACUUGAAUCGAGUCAUAGGAAGCUUCAAGAACAGUUAAAUGUUUUAUUGCAAGAAAAAAAGAUUGAUGAUUCAUUGAAAAUGGAUGAUUCAGAUGAGAAAUUAAUGGAUUCGGGUGAAAUGGGGUUUCGUGUUCCUGGGGUUUUUUCUACUGGAAGUCCGUACAGGAAUGUGUUGAAUUAUAUGGGUCAUGCUGUUCAUGUAAGUAGAGCUAGUACAGGGGAGAUAAUUUACUGGAAUCGAUCUGCUGAAAGACUUUAUGGUUAUAAAGAGCAUGAAGUACUUGGACAGAUGACCACUGAGUUCCUUAUAUGUGAAGAAUAUCACCAACUGGUAAGGAUUGCCAGGGAAAGAUUGCGCUGUGGACAAUCAUGGUCCGGUCUGUUUCCUUGUAAGAAGAGGUAUGGUCAGAUAUUUAUGGCAAUGUUGACGAAGAGCCCAUUGUACGAGAAUGGCGAGCUUUUUGGUAUUAUCACUGUUUCAAAUGACGCAGCUUCAUUCAUUAAUACAAACUCAAACGACACAAAUUCCCAUGAGGACAAUGGUGAACCUGGUGCUCGAGGAAUAGAUUUCAAAAGGAUUCAAUGGAAUCAACGACCACAAAUUGCAUCAUCUGUUUCAAAUCUGGCCUCGAAAGUUUUCUCAUUGAAGCGUGGAGAAGAUGCAUCUGCAGAAGUGAGCACUAAGGAUGAGGCUGAUUUAGACACCAAAGAAGGAAAACCACUGAAGCCACCCAGAGCACCAGCGACACGGCUGAGUUUCAGUUUGCUCGGUGGAAAGAGUAGAGCUAACACAGAGAGCUCUGAGAAGGAUGAAUCUACAUUUGACAUCGCUCAGCCUUCCAAAUUUGCGGCAAAGGUUAUGUCAAAGCUGAAUAUUGCAGGAUUUGGGCACAUUAGUAAAGAGAAGGGUCAACAGUACGGGGAUGACGAUACUCCUGUUGGUGAGAAUGUAGCUGAACCACAUUCACCAACGGCAUCCGAUUCUACAGGAAAAUAUUGUCACUUAGUUGAUGCACAUCAUCACCUCCAGAAAAACCAGAAAGGAAAUCCAGGAAGAAUGUGUGCCACAACUGGGCAUGACGGUCCUGGAGGGUCCUCCUCAAGGAACUCCGAUAAAUUUCCCGAGACACUUGAAAUUCCUGAACAGAUUCCAGGAUCAUGUAUGAGUGAUGAACUCCAGCAAUCGCCUAAGUCAGGUGGGAGCACAGAUAGCCGUGGAAGUUCACCAUUCAAAGUUGAGAAUGAGUCGAGUUUGAUAGUAGAUUGUGCAAUUCUAUGGGAAGACAUUAGCCUAAAGGAGGAAAUUGGACGAGGUUCAUAUGGUGUUGUGUAUCGUGGAAUCUGGAAUGCAUCGGAUGUUGCUGUUAAGGUUUACUUUGGGAAUCAAUGCAGUGAGGAAACAUUGCUAGACUACAAAAAGGAGGUUGAAAUAAUGAAAAGACUCAGACAUCCUAACGUGUUGCUAUUCAUGGGGGCCGUAUAUUCUCAAGAUAAAUCGGCCAUCGUCACAGAGUUCUUACCUAGGGGAAGUCUAUUCAAAACACUUCAUGGAAAUAAUCAUCUAUUAGACUUCAGACGGCGUCUUAGGAUGGCCCUCGAUGUGGCAAGAGGUAUGAAUUAUUUGCAUCGCCGGAACCCACCUAUUGUACAUAGAGACCUUAAAUCAUCAAACCUGCUUGUCGAUAAAAGUUGGACCGUCAAGGUUGGAGAUUUUGGCCUAUCAAGAUUUAAAGAUUCAACCUUUUUAACAACAAAAUCUGGUCGAGGGACGCCCCAGUGGAUGGCUCCUGAAGUACUUCGAAAUGAACCUUCAACAGAAAAAUCCGAUGUCUUCAGUUUUGGCGUGAUCUUAUGGGAAUUAAUGACUGAAUCUAUUCCAUGGAACAACCUUAAUUCUUUACAGCCGAGGGUCAAUCAGAAACAACCUCUCUACCUAGUACCUCCCAUGGUAGGGGUUGUAGGAGUUGUCGGAUUUAUGGAUCGUAGAUUGGAAAUUCCGGAACAUCUUGAUACUCGAGUAUCUACAAUCAUCCUCGAUUGUUGGCAAAGCAAUCCAACACUCCGUCCAUCGUUCCAAGACAUAAUCCAAAGGACGACAGACAUAAUUCUCUCGUUUACCGGAUCAACGACAGCUAGGAAGAAUAUAGGGACAUAAUAUCAAACACGAAUCGACAGGUUUGCUCCAGAUAACAACUUAAUUGGAGUUCACUAGUGUGAAUUAGCAAUACAUGAGGCAUCACAACUUUGUUUCUUUUUCUUUGACAAUUUUUUUCUUGUUUUAAAGUUAAGGGUAAUGAUUUCCAUUACCCUGAUAGUGAAUGGAUGUUAGAAAGAAUGUAUGUUGGAAUCCCUAGUUUUUUAGAAUAUAUAGUGAGUAGGCAAGUUUCGCUGGAAAAUUACACUGUGUAGAUAGAUGAACUUUUUUGAAAAAAAUGCUUAUUGUUUUUCUUAUGUAUGUAUAGAAGUCUCUUGGCUUCUUUCUGUA